GCUUCCGGAAGGGAAGAAAAACUGGGAGCUGUAUUCCUUUGGGAAGGAGUUUGCUUCAUCUUUACUCCUAUAGCCCAGCAACACCGUCCUCCAAUCGCCUUUGCUGCAUGACAGUGGGAGAGUUUACCUCCAGACCCUUCCUUCUCCUCUCCCUUGGAACUGUCCACCAUCAGCAUUGUUGCAGCAGGACUGCCAGGCAUUAAUGCUUUAAUGUAUUUGGGGACAGAGCACUGAAAAAACAGAAGAGCAAUUAGUGUCUGUACUUUUAUGCUGGUUUUGAAUGGAUCUGUCACACAAGACAGUGGAGAGCGAAGCCCUGAAUCCAUCAAGCCCUGUCUUGAAGCUCUGCGGUGCUUUGGAUUAACAGCAAAAUACAUCAACCUAUUUUUAACCCUGAUGCAUCCUUCAUGGCAAAAUAAUGUGGGGAAAUCCAUGUGGAACAAUGCAGCUGCUCUUUGGACAGGGGUCAGGGAGGGGUGUAGGUGUGGCUGAGUGUCAGAGGUGCAGCGUGACUUGGUAUAGUCAGAAUAGGACACGAGCCACAUGAAUCACAUAAAAGGUGGGGGAGAAGGGUCAGAGUUGUUGAGGCUUUGGUCUCAGCCUGGUGACCUGCAGCACACGUCCUGCUGGCUCUGCGUGCCAAGGACAUGAUGAGUGAGCUGCCUUCCCUGGUGCUGCAGCAGCAUUUGGUGGCUGUACCCUCUCACACACUGAGCUCAAGGGGGAAAGGUUGAUCUUGUAAUGAAGGCACUGCAGUGAUUUCUGUCUGUGCUGCUUAGUUCUGUCAAGGCUUCUGGACCCUACAUGCUGGUGUCCAGAUCAAACCUGUGGUCAGAGCACGUCUUGGCCUCCACUGGGGCCCUGCACCUGUGUUUUCCAUCCAAGCCAGGGUGUGUUUGGCCUGGAUCUGGCCUUGAUAUCAAGUUAAAAAGCAGACAGGAGACAUACCUGGAAGAUGUUGUAGAUCUGCUCAUCUAGACAUAGGUGGGAAGAAACAGGGCUAGUAAUUUUUUUUGUCUCAUCUGCAAAUGAGGAUAAUAAUUCCCUUUCCUCAUCUUUAGUCUGUUUAGAUGAAACCUCUAGAGGGUGGGGCCUGACUUCAGAGACAGACACAAUGGGAUGGUGACUUCAGCUGGGAUUUCUAGGGGACUAUAAAUAAUGGAAAACUUUGUUAUUUGUUAAGGGAUAAAGCCCAUUUGCAUUUGGUACGUGCCUGUGCUGGUUUUGUAAAGUUCAAGAGGUCUUUUCUUUGCAAGUGCUUUUAUAUAUGUCCCAGAAUGAAUUUGGUAUGGUAUAACUAAAAGACAUCUAAAUGUAUGUAACCCAGCAGCGUCCCAAACAAGCUGAGCAAAUAGACGUUCACUGGGAUUUAGUCCUAAUUUAUGAGCAAGGAAAUGGAGCAGGGGCAGCACUUCAGACCUUGCUCAGUGGAGGCACAGCCAAAAAAUGUCAAGCCAGUUGUGCUGUUCUUCUCAUUCCUCAGAAAUAAACCCACCAAUAUAACAAAUAUGUCUCUCUCUAAGCUUAUUUCUAAUGUAAUAUUAAUCUGUGCUCUCGUGUGUGUUUGGGCAGGAUUUAGAGCAUUACAUCAGUUUGCUGUGCUGUUGCUUUGCUCCAACAUGCAGCUUUGCCAUGGGGGGCUGGUGAGGAAGAAAGGAAUAGAAGGAAAGGACUUGCAAUGAGGAAAGGGAUAGCACAGCAAGGAAAUACCCACUCUUCCUUUAGGAGGAAAAAAAGUACUUCAACCAGUAUUUCUAAAGCUAGAAUUGCAGACAAAUGUAGAAGGUGUGUUAGGGCAGUGCUCUUAGAUCCCAUUUCAGAUUUUGGACUAUUUGGCUUUUCUUUUUCCCUUUCAUUGACCCUUGCUGCCAUUCCUUGCUGUGUGAAGUCACAUUUGGGUUUGUCAGCUCUUCAGGAACCUAACCUGUCAUUUCCCUUUAUUUGCAAACUGCUGUUAUAAUUUAUGGCUUGUUAUAAAGACUAAGAGUGUUGGAAACCUCAGGAAGACAAACAUGAGUAUUUUAGAAGGUAUGGGAUGCAGUGAAAUUCCAUGUGUGCAUAUUCACACAUACAUUUGUGUGAACACAUACAUAUGACAUGCAUGGAUAAUGGCCUAGUUAACCUGUAAUCCAUUUCAAAUGCAGCACAUGACAGUGACCUGAGUAGCAGAGUAUGGAAAUACAUUUUUCCUUUUAAUUGGUGGGAUCUUCAUCUUCCUACUGCAAAUUCAAUCUGCAUAUUUCAGUUCCUCAGGUCCUGUAGGAAGAGUUCUCCUCUCCCUCUCCUCUUGGAGCUGGCCAGAGCAGUUCGGCAGAUCAGCUGUGGGAGGACUUGGAAAUGAUGGGAAUGGCUUUCGUGAGCCCAGGGACCAAGCGUUAUCUCUCGUGCGGGGCAGGAGGAAUGUAGGGAACUGCGUCCAGAUCUGCGAUAGCAACGCAAUGAGCUGAUGAGCGAGUUCAGUGCUGCAGCAAGGAGGGGGAGGGAAAGCUUAUUUUUAACUGGAAACUGCACAAGAACAGCUAUAUCUGGAGUUGAAAAACCUAACGUGGUUUCCCAGGCAGCAGGAAUGGAUCGCUGAGAGAAUUUCAAUCUCCGACUGCUUUUGUCUUGUGGCACCAUGUUCCGUAAGAAGAAGAAGAAACGCCCGGAGAUCUCGGCCCCGCAGAACUUUGAGCACCGUGUCCACACCUCAUUUGACCCAAAGGAGGGCAAAUUUGUGGGCUUGCCACCUCAAUGGCAGAAUAUUCUGGACACACUGAGGCGCCCCAAGCCAGUGGUAGACCCUUCAAGAAUCACAAGGAUGCAGCUCCAGCCUAUGAAGACUGUGGUGCGGGGCAGCACUGUGGAAGUGGAAGGCUACAUCUCUGGGUUGCUCAAUGAUAUCCAGAAGCUUUCUGCCAUCAGCUCGAACACUCUGAGGGGCCGGAGCCCCACCAGCAGGAGGAGAGCCCAGUCCCUUGGGCUCCUGGGAGAUGAGAGACCCCCCGACAUGUACCUUCAGAGUCCUGAAGGAGAUUGGGCAGACAAGUAUGGGAACUACCUCAACUGCAAUGGUGGGUCCAAGGUGGCCCGGAGGCAGACCAUGUGGCCGGAUUACAAAUCCCGCCUGGAAGGGCAGUCUCAUCCCAACGGGAUGGUGACAAAAGCCCAGUCCCUGGGGCCGUCGGAGUUCCAGGGCACUGAUGGCAGCUGUCUGCAGCGCACCUCUGGGCUGCAGCAUGUGCCCGCUGUGCCAGGGGAGAGCGAGACGGCCAUGAAGAGCCCGGAAGAGGGCUGGCUUCAGAGGCAGUCCAGCGCCAGACCCUCGGGGGAGGGCAGCCCCAACUCCAAAUCACGUGAGAACAGCCUGAAGAGGAGGCUCUUGCGCAGCGUCUUCCCCUCGUCCAGCACCUCAAACAAGCCAGGCACUCCCCUGCAGAUCAAGCCUAAUGCUUUCUUCAAGCCCCAGCAGUGGGGUUCACCCCACAGCCCUGCAGCCAAAGCCCAGUCUCUCCCCCCAGACCAACCUGUCUCCGAGUUCCCCAGGAUGAUCUCCGAAGCUGUGACCCCCCAGAGGUCCCCAACAGCAGAGAAGGCUGUGGCAGUGCCACCAGGCCGGCCAUCCCCAGCAGGGUCCCCCAGGAACAGGCAGACCCAGACCAGUACCAGCAACCUCCACCUGCCCCAGGACUCUGCUGGGAAGGGGCAGCCAGCCAGCGAGGACCCUGUGGUUGUGACCCACGAGCAGUUCAAAGCUGCCCUCAGGAUGGUUGUGGACCAGGGAGAUCCCAGGACAUUGCUGGAGAAUUACAUUAAGAUUGGGGAAGGCUCCACAGGAAUCGUGUGCAUCGCUCGGGAGAAGCACUCAGGGCGCCAGGUGGCCGUGAAAAUGAUGGAUCUGAGGAAGCAGCAGCGCCGGGAGCUCCUCUUCAAUGAGGUGGUGAUAAUGAGGGACUAUCAACAUGUCAACGUUGUGGAGAUGUACAAGAGCUACCUUGUGGGAGAGGAGCUCUGGGUGCUGAUGGAGUUCCUGCAGGGAGGAGCCCUCACAGACAUCGUGUCUCAGAUCAGGCUGAACGAGGAGCAGAUUGCCACAGUGUGUGAGUCGGUGCUGCAGGCUCUGUCCUAUCUCCACUCUCAAGGGGUCAUUCACCGAGACAUCAAGAGUGACUCCAUUCUUCUGACGCUGGAUGGCAGGGUCAAACUCUCUGAUUUUGGCUUCUGUGCUCAGAUCAGUAAAGAUGUACCUAAAAGAAAAUCCCUGGUGGGUACUCCUUAUUGGAUGGCUCCAGAAGUCAUUGCAAGGAUACCAUACACCACUGAGGUGGAUAUCUGGUCCCUGGGGAUCAUGGUGAUAGAGAUGGUAGAUGGAGAACCCCCCUACUUCAGUGAUUCUCCAGUCCAGGCAAUGAAGAGACUCCGUGACAGCCCUCCUCCCAAACUGAAAAACUUCCACAGGACCUCCCCAGUUCUGAGAGACUUCUUGGAGAGGAUGUUGACACGGGAUCCAUUGGAAAGAGCAACAGCACAAGAACUUCUGGAUCACCCCUUUUUGCUCCAGACAGGACUUCCGGAGUGCUUGGUGCCCCUUAUCCAACAGUACAGGAAGCGCACCUCCACCUGCUGACUUUAUAUGAGGGGAAACUCUAGGGAAAAGGAAUGUUUAUAAAAAAUAUAUAGGAAAAAAAUUAAGAGCCCAGGCAGUCUGUGAACGGUGCUUGGAACUUGCCAGUGAUUGUUUUGGAGGACAAAUGUGAAUCCUGUCCAUGCAUCCUCAGCCUUCUGUGGCUUCUCCUUUGCUGAAGACAAUCAAUACAGACUAGAUCUGAGUUGAGACCAAGUCUGUCUCAAGGAUAAAGCGGGUAUUCCAUGGCUUGCGGAUCACUGCUGCCGAAGGAUGGCAUUCGAAAGUGGAGUCUGAAGUUGUGUCUCUGAAUAUCUGUGGGUUUCUGCACACCCGGGCUGCUGACUACUGAGCUGGAACAAUAUUUCCCACUUAGAAAUGUGAUCUUUGUUUCCUUCAUUGUGCACUGGAGCCAUGAGCUGACUCACUUUGGGGCACAGACCCCUUGAAACUCUCAAUGCACAAAGACCUUUUUUUUUUUUUUUUUUUUUUUUUUUUUCCCCUCUGAGACCUUUUCACAGAUUAUUUUAAUUUCCCUUAGUUAAAUAUGGACCUAGAAACCUGCAUACACUUCCUUAGGGAGCAGAUGUGAUAUGUAUAUAUUUGUUUCUAAGUGGCUCUCUUGCAUCAACAUGCUUCUCUUUUGCUGCAGAAUGUGUAUGGUUUAGUGGUCAAUCUUGAAUCCAUUUCAUGAUUUUAAACUUUUGGAGGGGGAAACCCUUGGAUGUGGUCCUCAAAGUGGACUCUAUGAAGACCAGGUGCUCUUACCACCAGGAUCUUACGGUGUAAAAUUCACCAUUUGCAACACCUUGUGUGCUGGUUGGAAUGUGAACAGCAUGCUCCUGUGGCUUGCUUUCCCAGUCCUUUCUCUCUAGAGAGGCUGAGAAGUGCUGCCCUAGGGCAGUUAUUGGGUAGCAUUUUGGGGAUGCUGUAGGGGAGACCAAAUGGAAAUAUUUGAGCUAUCCUGCAUAUCCCAGGAUUGAUUUUUGUGUUUGCGUGCUGCUGUCUGGCUAUUGAUCUGCCCUUCCCCAUCAGCCCUUUACAUCUGGAAGGUUUCUGGUUGUCUAAAUAGCUCUUUCAGUUAUUUUGACGUAGUUUUAGGUAUUUUGUAUGCUGCACUCUCUGAUCAGUGAGAUCCUCAAGGUAAUUGGACUCUAGGUCAGGAUUAACAUUGUACAGUGAUGGUGUGUGUUGUUGUGAGGUCUCAAGAAUAUAUUUGUAGAUGUGGAGCUGGGAUCUUGUUUUGAAACUCCAGAUACCAAGAUUUUGGACUUUUAGUUAUUCUCAGGACAGUCCUGCUGUCUCAAAAACUGACCUCAGAACUGCGUUUUCUUCAGAAGAUGUUCAUAACCUCUGUCCUCUGCUAUUUGCUCCAGCUACAGAUCCUGCUUCAAAAUUGAAGCCAUGGUUGAUUACUUGAAGUAAUUUGGGAUUGAAUUCAUCUGCACUGCUGCCAGCCAUCAAAGGGUGGGCACCCAGUUUGUGGAAUGUGUAGGUUGGCUCUGUAGCCCAUGGGGAGAGGAACACCCCUGGGGGAAGAACUUCAGGGGUGCUUCAUCCCCUUGGUUCAGACACCUGCUGAAGGACAAAAUUAGUCUCUCUCUCACCCAUGGGGUUUCUGUAGACUGGAUGUCUAAGUUUGGGCUGAUGGAGUUGGUUGAAAUUAAUUCAUUAAGCUCCUCCUUAGCUGCACUGGAAAAUUUUUGAUGUAAAAUGUUUCUGUAUUCCAGAUAUAUUACUUUUUUUUAAUGCAAAAAAAGCAGGGCUUGGAAAAGAUUUAUAAUUUGAAACAAACAGUCCUGCUUGUCUUUAGUUGUGAAUCCUUUGCACUUGUGUUUUAAAUUAAAGUAGUUCUUGAUUUA